UUUAGCUGAAAUUUCAACAUCACCAUCAUCUUGUACGCGUCCGACAACAUUAUUAGCUCAUCCAUCGGUUUCUAAUAAUCAAUUUUAUGGAAAUAAUUCACCAAAAAUACUUUCACCAUUACUUCCAUCACCACUCAAAUCCCAAUCACCACAUCAUAAUACAUUUAAUCAAAAUCUUGCUUUAAUGUCAAUCAUGCAACAACAACAACAACCAUUUUUACAUCAUCAUACAUCGAAUCCAUAUAAUGGUACAUAUACAAAUGGAAAUAAUACUGAAGUAUUAUCAAAUGAGAAUCAACAAAUAUUUGAUGGUUUAACAAAUUCAUCAUCAAAUCAUCGACUUGAUUUAUCAUCAUUUAUUGAUACAAAUUCAUCAAAUACGAAUACAAUUUUUUCAUCAUCAUCAGAAUUAAAUACACCAUCAUCAGUAACAUCUAUAUCAAAUGUUUAUCAACCAUCGGAUAUAGCUAAUUUACUUGAACCAUUAUCAUCUGAUGUAUCAACAAAUGAUAAAACAGAUGAAAAUUUAAUGAAUGAUAUAAAAAAUACUUUACCAUUAACAUUAAAUAAUGUUCCACCAUCAUGUUCAUCAGCAGCAGCUGCUGGUGUUGCUGCAUUAUUUCAAGAAAAUUUACUUUCAUCAUUAUUUAAUUCAUUUGAACCAUUUAGUAAAUUAUUUCCAAAUGAUGAUCAAUCAGCAACAACAACAACAACAACAACAACAACAUCAUCAUAUUAUAAUCAUUUUUCACCAUUAUUAACAACAGCACCCGAUAAUAGUCAUUAUCCAAUGUCUUAUGGUCAUAAUAUUUCUUGGCAUUAA